GUCAAGAUGGCGGCGUCCAGCGAGCCAGAUGGGGCUAAUAACCCCGGGCUCUCAAUUUAACCCCGUUUCUGCCGUGGUUUACCCGACGCCUCGGUGAUUUAUUCACCUUUCUACUGUCGGAUGUUUCCCUUCGGUGGCGGCUGGCGCCGCCUCGCGGUACCGUCGGUCAUCGGAUCGCGGUUGCAGCGUGCGCGGAACAGCGGGAGCGCGGCGGAUGAGUUGGGCAAGUCAAAGUAUGACGUCAUUGUCAUCGGUGGGGGCCAUGCUGGCGUGGAGGCCGCGGCCGCGGCUGCCCGAGUGGGAGCCCAGACUUUGCUCAUCACACACAAAAUAGACUCCAUAGGACAAAUGUCAUGCAACCCUUCCUUUGGUGGAAUUGGGAAAGGACAUCUCAUAAGAGAAGUGGAUGCACUGGAUGGGGUCUGUGGUCGAAUCUGCGAUCAGUCUGGAGUGCAUUACAAAGUGCUAAACAAAAGAAAGGGACCAGCAGUCUGGGGUUUCAGGGCACAGAUUGACCGAAAGCUCUACAAAGAGAACAUGCAGAAAGAAAUUCUGCAAACCCCACUCCUGACCACUUGUGAAGCAUCAGUGGAAGAUCUGCUGCUGACAGUACCAGAGCCAAAUCAUCCUGGAAAAUCCUGUGUCAGUGGAGUCAUUCUGGAAGAUGGAACAAAAGUCCAUUCUGGGAGUGUCAUUCUGACUACAGGGACAUUUCUGAGAGGGAUGGUUCUAAUCGGAUUGGAAAUGCAUCCUGCGGGACGAAUGGGAGACCAACCCUCGGUUGGCCUGGCCCAGACGCUGGAAAAGAUUGGAUUUACCAUGGGAAGACUCAAGACUGGAACUCCUCCACGGUUGCUGAGAGACUCCAUUGAUUUCACUCAUCUUCAGAAACAGGAGGCAGAUAACCCCCCUGUGCCAUUCAGCUUCCUCAGUGAAGCUGUGUGGAUUAAGCCAGAAGAUCAGUUGCCCUGUUAUUUGACUCACACCAACCCUGAGGUAGAGCAGAUCAUCCAUGAGAAUCUUCAUCUGAGCAAUCACAUCACAGAAACAGUAAAAGGACCCCGAUACUGCCCCUCCCUUGAGUCUAAAGUUCUACGUUUUCCGAAUCGUGGGCAUCAGAUCUGGUUGGAGCCUGAAGGUCUGGAUUCCGAUGUCACAUACCCACAGGGAAUGUCCCUGACCCUGCCUUCUGAGAUCCAGGAAAAAAUCAUCCGUCUCAUUAGAGGCUUGGAACAUGCUAGGAUGAUACAGCCAGGCUACGGAGUUCAGUAUGAUUAUCUGGACCCACGUCAGCUGAGCGCCUCCCUGGAGUCUCGUCUGGUGCAGCGGCUGUUCUUUGCAGGACAGAUCAAUGGCACAACAGGCUAUGAGGAAGCUGCAGCCCAGGGUGUUGUUGCUGGAAUCAAUGCUGGCUUGAGGAUCCAAGGGAAGCCUCCUUUUAUUGUCAGUCGCACCGAGGGAUACAUUGGGGUUUUGAUUGAUGAUCUCACCACUCUUGGCACCAAAGAGCCAUACCGGAUGUUCACCAGCCGGGCAGAGUUUCGGAUGUCUCUGCGACCAGACAAUGCUGAUAGUAGGCUCACCUUCCGAGGCUACCAUGAAGCUGGUUGUGUGUCACAAAAGCGGUAUGAACAAGCCUCUUGGAUGAAAGCAAUGCUAGAAGAAGGAAUGGAAGCACUGAAGUCUGUUCGGUUUGGCUAUAAAAUGUGGCGGCAGCUCAUUCCAGAAGCUCGAAUGAGCCAUCAUCAUAAUUUCCCUCGCAGUGCUCUAGAAAUCUUUCAGAAUCCAGAGGUCAGUAUGGAUCUUUUAGCUAGAGCUCUCCCAGAAUCCAUGAAAAAAUUCACGGAAUGGAAACUACUGGCAGAAAGGCUGAAAAUAGAAGCUGUUUAUGGUUCGCAUGUGGCCAAUCAAAAGCUGGAAAUAGAGGAAGUACGUCGAGAUGAAGCUCUCCGUUUACCCGAGGACUUGGAUUAUCUCACUAUCGAUGUAUCUCUAUCCCAGGAAGUACGAGAGAUACUGGAUGCCCACCGCCCCCCAACGAUUGGCGCUCUCGGCCGCAUUCCUGGUAUUACACCAGCUGCUAUUUGUCAUCUACUGAGAUUUGUGAAAGGCAACCAUGGAAGAGCAGAGCAGAUAGACAAUUCAUCUAGGACUGCUGAGCCAUUGUCUGCUACAGAGCUGCUGCGUCAAAGAAAGUUUGAAGCUAUUGGUACAAAUAGCGCUUUUUGAGCCAGAGCCACUGAACCAUGAUGGGUAUUCCCGGUGUUUACAAUUUUAAGUCCAUCCACUUUAGGCAAUGUAUAUCAUUUAAUACAUACAUAAAUAUCUAUGACAUUAAUAUCGAUUAAAUAUCAGUAGGGGAUGUUGUGUUAUUUUUUCGUAUGUACAAAAGAGCACAUCACUGAAUUUGACUUAAGAGACAAAAGAGGAUCGCAGUGGUCUUAAACAUCUGCUGGAGCAAUUAUUUUUGUAACAUUUGUUCGCAUGUAAUAGUAUAAACUUGUUAACAAACAGCUUUGUGUGGUUCUUGGCCACAAGGAAGAACAAGGGCAAUGAGUUCAACUAGAUAAGUACAAUUCUUCCUAAAUAGUUUAAGAAAAGUAUAGCUAUCAUAAUGAAUAACAUUCAUUCAUAUAAUCUUCACAACGUUUUGCACUACUCCAAUACUCCAGAGCAGUGUUUCUCAACCUUGACAAUUUUAAGGCAUGUGGAUUUCAACUCCCAGAAUUCCACAGCCAGCAAUGGUGGCUAUGGAAUUCUGGGAGCUGAAGUCCACAUGCCUUAAAAUUGUCGAAGUUGAGAAACACUGCUCCAGAGAAACAGUGCCUACAUGGCUUUUUUUAGCUAUUUAUUGAAUUUCUGAUCCAUCCAGUCUCAAUUCAGUUGUCUUAACCUAUAUCUGAAGCUAGUGCUCUCACUGUCUCUCUGUACAUCCAUCCAUCCAUCCACACAAACGCAGAGUCACUUAGCUGAGAUGAGGGAGGUAGAGAUGUGAUAAAUAAAUACUUCCAAAAUUGAGAUAUUGUGGCUCUUCAGAUGCUGCUGAAUUACAGGAACUAGCUUCCCUCACCACUGCCUUUUAUUUAGCAACAACCAGAGGAUCCAAGUUUUCUUCUCACACUGCAGUAUAUAAAGAAGUGUAGUUAAAAAUUCACAGUAAGUGCUCUGUUAUUGAAUACCUCAGAUAUUUUCCUUAGAUGUCUCCUUUAGUGGCAAAUUCCACCCCGCCCUCCUGGUAGCAAAUGGGGGAAAGCAUUCCCUGAAGUAGACGUUUAAGGGAUUUGGGGCUAAAAACUGACCGUUAAAAAAAAACCUGAUCACUUUGUAUCUGAGACAAAUCCCACCAAUUGUAAUUACUGCCCAGCAUUAACAUAUUAACUUGUACCUAAAAGGACCUGUUCCAUUUCAACAGGGAAAAGCGUUAACGAGAUGCAAAUGUGAUACUUUUAAUUAUAUAGCUUUCUACAUUUUGGACAAAGUUGUUAUUACAUGCCAUGCCUUUUUCUUGUUAAUUAAUUUUGUUAAAAACAGCAAUAUACGGAAAUACCUAUUUGCUAAUAAGGAUUCAAUAUGUGAAUUGACUGAAAUAAUCACCAACAUUUGCACCCCACUGAAGAUUGUUGAGGAAUAUGGUCUCCCGAGGAAUAACUGCUAUUUAUUUCGAAGGAGGCAAAACUUGUCUAUUUUGAAUUUUUUGCUUUGUUUUCUGAAUUAAAAGUGACACAAGGAC